UUAGGGAAAGGGUGGUAUUCGUGUCCGGGCCAUAACUUUGACAUGCAUGGUCCGAUUUCAGAAUAAUUUGACACAAAUGAUAAGCAUGGAUAGACGAUGUGUCAAGCGCAAAACUAUUUCAUUAGCUCAAAGGUCAAGGUCACAGUCCUUGGUUGAACUUAGCCAAUUUUCACUACAUAAGUGGUCUUCGUGUACGAGCCAUAACUUUGACAUGCAUGGUCCGAUUUCAGAAUAAUUUGACACAAAUGAUAAGCAUAGAUAGAGGAUGUGUCUUGUGCAAAAACCAUUCACUAGCUGCUCAAAGGUUAAGGUCACAGUCCUUGGUUGAACUUUGCCAAUUUUCACUACUUCUACAGAUUACUAAAUUUUCUGAUUUCCUACAAUAUUUUUUUGUAAAUAAAUAGGGCCAAGGGUCCUUCUUUUAGUUUGUGAGCAGUACCAUGCCUGUGACCUUUCUCAUGUUGCGGGGGCAUCCGUGUCUGACACAUUUCUAGUUUAUAUAUGUUAUUAUAAUUCUGUAUAUAGUAGAUACUUUGAAAACUUCUUGUCAGAAAACGAAAUAAUUUCACAUCUAUUACUCAGUCAAGUGAGCGAUCUAGGACCACCAUUGCCCUCUUGUUUUUAGCUGAUCUGAUUUUUUGAAAAAAAAAUGAUGAGUUAUUGUGAUCACUUGAUCGGCGUCGGCGUUUAAGACAUUGCCUGGUUAAGUUUUAUCAUUUAUGUUUAGGUCAGCUUUUCUCCUAAACUAUCAAAAGCUAUUGCCUUAAAACUUGCAACACUUGUUCACCAUCAAUAGCUGAUUCUGUACUGCAAGAAACUUAACUCCAUCCUGCUUUUUGCAAGAAUUAUGACCUCUUUUGGACUUAGAAAAUAUCAGAUUUCUUGGGUUAAGUUUUAUGUUUAGGUCAGCUUUUCUCCUAAACUAUCAAAACUAUUGCUUUAAAACUUGCAACACUUGUUCACCAUCAAAAGCUGACUCUGUACGUACAGCAAGAAGCAUAACUUCAUCCUGCUUUUUGCAAGAAUUAUGGCCCCUUUUGGACUUAGAAAAUAUUAGAUUUCUUGGUUAAGUUUUGCGUUUAGGUCAACUUUUCUCCUUUACGGUUAAAGCUAUUGCUUUAAAACUUGCAACACUUGUUCACCAUCAAAAGCUGACACUGCACAGCAAGUACCAUAACUGUACAUUGCUUUUUGCAAGAAUUAUGGCCCCUUUUGGACUUAGAAAAUCAUGGGUAGGUCAGUAUUUCUAUUAUACAGAGACAAAAAAUCAGAUGAGCGUCUGGCAAGGCGGUGCUCUUGUUUUUGUCUGGUCUAAAGUGUUUGGUAUGCAUUGAACUUGAUAAAACACUCAUUAUAUCAAGCCAGCGUGUCCCUUGCUCUUGGGUUAAGUUCACAUUUAGGGUUCAGUCUGUAUGUUCUUUUGUGAAAGUGCUGGUGGUAAACCACAGGACACAUGCUUCAGUCUCCUUGCAACACACAGCUGGGUAGUGUGUCUGGACAUAUUUCCAGACUUAACUUAAAUUUUGGGCUGAAAAUGCAUACUGUGAAGUCAUUAAUAUUUGUGGGGGACUAAUUUUCGUGGAUUCCGUGGUUGAGUCAAUCCAUGAAAUUUAAUCCCAAUGAAAAGUAAAAAUCCCAUUCAUUUUAUGUUCAAAAGUUGAAAUCCACGAAUUCGUACCCCCAAGAAAUUGCCAUUUUGACCAAAACCACGAAAUUUCAUGCCCAGGAAAUUAAAUGAUUUUACAGUAUUACCAGUUCUGCAUAAUAAUACUAAUUUUUAGGACACUACUUCACAAAAGAAGUCUUUGAUGUAAUUGUCAGGACGCCAAUUCAUUCCCUGGUUUACAUUGAGACAAUUAAUAUUCCUGUCAGAAUCUGAUGUUGAUUUCUUAUAAUAUUUGUUAUCCUUUGCUGCAGAGUUGCUGCCUGACUGCAUGUUAAAUAUCCAUACAUUUAAUUUCCUUGGUGCAUGUCAUGGGGAUAGGGACAGAUUAUAUAAAGUAACUAACUUUCUGUUAUAAAAGAAAUCCACACGAUCAAUAGACCUUUACUUGUUACUCUUAACACAAUAACUUGUUACUCUUAACACAAUAUCGGUGGAGAUAUAAUGGGGUGAACUUUUCAAUCAUCACUUAACUACAGUCAGGGAAUUUUAGAGGAACUGAUGACAGACUUGUAGCUCUUGGGGCCUGUCAUUAUAAGAUGAUCUAAGAGCAUGUGAAAAUGGCAGCAACCCUUAGUGAUUUUGUUUGUUCAGUGAGAAGAAUUUGACUGGUUUAUGUAGUUUGAGCACAGGUUGGAUAUGUAAUUGGUCCAUUCAAAUGAUUAGCAUUUGCCAUGUUUGGGAAUAAUUUGGCCUGAAUAUGAUACCCAUUUGCACUAGUAAUUACAAAGUCAAAUACAUUCAGCAUGUCAAUUUGCAUCAGAAGAAACAGCUUUUAAUUUGAUAGAUUAAGCAACCUUUCUGACUAAAUUUAUAUUAAAAUCGGGCGUGCAUUCCCCUUUGUCAUCAUCAUUUUCAGAGAAAAUUUCUAAGACUGUUUUCUUCAGCUGAGUUUUACUAUUACAUACAUUGGAAUGUAUCUAAUAUAAGGCCUUGUUGAGCAAUGAAAUAUAUGAUAAAUGUGAAUGUCUUGGAGAGAUAAAUUUUAUUAGAUAUGUUCAUGUGAUAUCCAUUUAGCAUAUUGAGCCAUGAUCAAUCUGUGUGACUUAAGUAUAGCAGUAAUUAAGUCUAUAGUACAUUAUGUUGUUUAUUUGUAAAUAAAUUCUGCAAGUAAUAACUGUUAUUUUUAAUAACCAAAUUAUUCAAAAUUAUAAACAAUAUUGUGUUAUAAUUAUUGGAGUGAUAUAUCUGAUCCAGACAAAAAACUGAUUAACCUAACAUGAUUAAAGGGACAUAUUGUUGUGUGUUGGUGACAUUUGAUUCCAAUAAAGGACAAUAUUGAGAAAACCCCUAGAGAGGACUAACAACCCUGUUUAAACAGGGAUGAAUCAUUUUCUAAUGAUUCACAGAAGUCAGAACAAUCAAUGCUGGCUCACUGAUUAUUGCAUUGGACUUAUGUUGCAUGGAGUUUAAGGGAGACAUAUUUUGCAACAUGUGGCUUAAAAGCUUGUAGUGUUUUCUGUUGACGGAAUUAUAAACGGACUGCAGGAUUUCUUGUCAUAUUAGUACAGGUUCAUAUUGGAUACAUGAACGGCUGCAGCAAGAGGGAAAGUUAAAGGAAAGAUCAUCCUGAGUCAGAGAUUAAAACAGACUGAAUAUCUUGCAUGAACACUAGAGCAUAAUUAUGGAGUUUGAAGAGGUGGAUAUACAGUCUAUCAGAUUUCUGUGUUCUGAUGGCGGCUUGCUGCAAUCCAGCUUGUGUCCGGAUAUCACAUGUAAGCUACCAGAGGGCGCUCUUACAAUCGGCAAAAAAAGUUUUUGUAGGGUUUCUAUACAGGUGAUGAAUACAGAUGAGUCGGUACUACACCGACAUAUGGGGAAAGAUGCUUUUGUCUCACCUAUAGUUGUCAUUGAACCUGUAAGAAGAAAGUUCCACAAGUCUUUGACCAAAACAAUUCCUCUACCAGGCUUUGGAGUUAAGAAAUUUGAAAGUAAAAAUGUGAGGAUACUGUUCAGUAUAACAGGGUCAGAUGAGAAUUCUGAUUGGCAAGAUAUUAGUUCAGCAGUGAGUGAGAAGGCCCUGGAUGAGGCAGUGGAACACGGAAAGCUGUUCAUAGAACAUGUAGUCACUGGCAGGUUUGCUGUUGUGUGUUGUGAGAACAGUAUUAUGGAUGUACCAGAGACUAUGACAGAAAUGAUGAGAUCUUGUAUGAAUGGAGGUCUUUGUGCUGCUUGUAAUGACCAGCCCCACCUGGACCUGUUGCAUGCUGCAAAACUGGCUGAUGUUUCUGCACUGAAAGCCUGUCUCUCGUCAGAAGGCAUGGACAUUAACUACCAGAAUAAGGGAGGUCAGACGGCCCUACAUAUUGCCUGUAAGGAGGGAAAUGUAAACAUUGUUAAAGAAUUGCUCAACCACAGUGCGGACACCAACUUAUAUACUCAGAAAGGCAACACACCUAUACAUCUGGCAUGUUACUAUGGUCACCUUAAUGUUGUUGAACUUCUGCUAGAUAAUGGCUGUGAUGUCAACCAACCUUCUAAAGAUUCUAGAUUUCCACCAUUAUACCCAGCUAUAAUGGAGAUGCAGUGUGAUAUAGUUAGAUUGUUAUUGUCAAGGGAAGCUGAUGUCACCUGGAUGUCUCAGGAUGGCCUAUCAUUAUUGUUGAUUGCAGUGUUCAGUACCUAUGACAGGGAAAAGACUGUUGCCAUGUUACAGUUACUGUUAAAGGAAGUAGAUCAAACUAAAUUGUUGCUUAGCGACCAAUUAAGGAACAGAGGUUUCUGUUGCCACGGUGAAGCCUUACUGUAUAGUGUAACUACCAGACAAGCAGCAAAGGAUCUCAUUGGUCCAGUCAGACACAAACUAGCCAGUUACAGCAAAGAUCUCUGGCAGAAAGAUUUAGAUAGCAUAGAGAACUGUGAAGGGAAAACAAAAGAAUAUUUACACACAGUAAAGCAUGGCGUAUUGCUGAAAGUUUCAGAAAUGUUGUCGCAGAAUAACGAGCUUCACUUACAAUACACAGAGAGAGAUUUGUCAGACUUACACUGUGCCUGUCAUUGUGGUCAUGCAGAUGUUACAGAAAAACUGAUCUCUCAUGGAGCAGAUGUCAAUCUUCGUACAAAGGGAGGUCUUACCUGCCUAUAUCUGGCAGCUCAAGGCGGUAAUAUGGAAAUUGUGAAAAAAUUGUUGAAGGCAGGGGCAGAAACAAAUACUGUUAACCAGUACGGACUAAGUGCCAGUGAUAUUGCCACGGAGAUAGGCCGCUUAGACAUUGUAUCAACAAUUAAAGACUUUACCAUCAGGAAUGAAUAUCAGUUAUCACAAAAAACUAACAGUAGUGCCAGUAAACCAAAAAGCAAGGAAGACAUUGCUGUGAAAAAGUGCUGCUCUAUACUCUGACCAUUUCUCCAAGCUUUUUUGGUGUACGCUUCAGUGUAAGGUGUCAUAUCAGUGAAC